UCAGCUGAGUUUGUUUUGGUCCUCCUCUCUGCUAGCUGUUCAUCUAUUUGUGUUUCUGUGAUAAACAUUUUCUGUGACCACUAAGGGAAAUGAAGAAGCUUUUUGAUGGCAUUAAGAAAGACAUGAAGUUUAAAACGGCGGGACCCGGGAAGAAACUUACUGACGACACCAGUACCAAGCCUGAUGUGGUGCAGAGCGGCUCCGGUGCCAGGCCGAAUCGCCAUGGUCCCAGUGAAGGGUCCCAGAGGGCUGGAGCCGCCGCCCUGGCUAGAAUUGAACAGAUUCCCCGGCCAAAGGUCGGCACCUCGCAGGAUGCCAUCAGGAACCAGGUCAAGAGAGAACUGGAGGCGGCGUCACUGGCUGAAAAAGACAAGGCAGAAUCAGAGGAGAGAUCCAAAGUGCCAGUGAUAGCUCCCGCCUGUCUCUCAGUGUCAGGUGUGUAUUUCACCUGUCCGCUAACUGGAGCCACUUUAGCUAAGAGUGAGAGGGAAGUACACAUUAAAGAGGCCAUUUUAAUGCGGUUUGAGGAGGAUGCCGUGGAGGCCUCUGUUAUGAUGAUCCACACAUUUAACAAAGACAGAGACAAAGUAAAGGCUGCUAUCGAGAUUAUGAGCAAGUAUAUUGAAAAUAUAUGUAAGAAUCCCACUGAGGAGAAAUACAGGAAGAUUAAACUCAGCAACAAGGUGUACCAGGAGAAAGUUCGUUCUGUGGAGGGCAGUAGAGAAUUCCUGGAGGCCCUGGGCUUCACAGGCAUUAUGCUUCCUGUAGAGGGGAAAGAGGAGGACGAGGAGUUCCUGGUGUUACUGGAGUACAGCCCUGACGCCCUGGAGUUGAUGCAGGAGAGGAGGGACCGUCUCCAGAGAGGAGAGCCAGUGAGAGCUCAGCUGGACAGACAGCCGCAAGUGUUCAGAUCGUCUCCCAACGCUCAGCGCUUCGAGCUGCCGCCAGAGUUCUACAACAUGACAUCGGAGGAGCUCAAGAAGGAGCAACUGCAGAGGAGUGAGCUGGUGGAGAAGAACGCCAUGCUGCGCACUAAAGCCAUGAGGGAGAAGGAGGAGCAGAGGGAGAGAAGGAAAUACAACUACACUCUGCUCCGGAUCCGACUGCCUGAUGGAUGCCUGCUUCAGGGGACCUUCUAUGCGUGGGACCGGUUGCCCGUGCUGUUUGCCUUCAUCCGGGAGUCUUUGGUGGACGGCUGGCAGCCCUUUGAGCUCAUCGCUCCUGGAGGUCAGAAACUGCAGGAGUCUGAAGAGGUGGCUCUCGCAGAGUGUAACCUGGUCCCUGCUGCUCUGCUCACGUUUGCCUGGGAUGCGGCCGUUCAGGCGGAUAUUGCAGCUGCGGGUGGGAAGAGCCCCGCUCUACUCAAACCCUCCCUGCUGGAAACCAUCCUGACCCUGAGCUGAGCAGACACCCUCCCCCGAUCUCUCCCUGCUGCCUCCCCCCCUGUGGCCCUCCUGGGGUGGAAUUGCCCAAUUACAAACGACUAGUGAUACGUUUAUUUUUACAAAUGCUAACUUUAAAGUCGGUAGCAGUGAUAAAAUAGGGGCAACUUCCCCUAAAUGCGCUUGUUUUGCUGAGCAUUAUCCCUCCAUGUGGGGGUAGGGUCCCCUCUCAGCUACGCCUUGUACUGAAGGAAGCGGUUACUAACAGAUGAAAGGAUUGGUUUUGUUGCAUCGUGAAUGUACAGGCUGUGUAGGAAACAGAGGAAGAUCUUAACAUCACCUACCUGCCAGUGAGGUGUUCUUCGUGUGGCAUGUUGACAGACCUUGUUUUAACUGUGGCGACAUUUCCUCCCCUUGCUUUGAAGUUAAACUGUUGUAUUAACACUAUGACUGAUCAAGAGAAAAAAGUAGGUCAGCCAAUUAGUUAUGGUUAUAGAUUCUGUUGUGAACUAUUUUGUAUCUCAGUACAGAGCUUUUGCCAUUUAAAAGCCGUUUGGUGUCUGUGCACUGGCCUCGACUUGAAUGCUAUUAGUUUUGUUUGGCGGUGCUCCAGUUUAAACAGUGUUCUGUCUGUCUGACGGUCCGGUCUGAUGCAAGUCUAGCUUGUUCGUUCGUCCUCUGCAGUGUGGCCUCACACUCUCAUUGUACAACAUACUUCUACGGUAGUAACUAAAACUCCAAAUGUUAUUUAUUUGUAUUCAUACGAGCAUAAACCUGGACCCUAAUCGAACAUGUCUUUCUUGAUAAUUUGAUUUAAAAUUGAAGUCCAAAACGGAGAUGUCUUUUUACAGACUAGAAUGGCACCUCCGCCAAAUACAUUUUUUUAUCCGCCUCUUGAUUUGGAUCCACUUCAAAAUGUAAUGUGUUCUUCCCGUGUUAGCCCGUGCUUCACCCUUCCACCAAGUUUCUUUUAAAUCGGGCCUGUAGGUUUUCUGUAAUCCUGCUGACAGAACGAACAGACACUGAUACUGAAGGGUUAAGAUGACAAUGUGAAGUUGAUUCUAAUACCAAUAUAAUUUCUUGUAUUUUAGCAGUUUGAAGCACUUUUUAGGAAAAACCUUACACUUUAUAAAACACUAAGGAGUUCCCUAAAUGUAAAAAAUAAAGCUUGAAGAUAUUGCUUUAUGCAUACUGUAGUAAAAACCGUGGUAAUUGCAGAGGGGCUCACUGCAGAGGUUUCAUGUAGCUUACUUGCUUGGCAUGCUGGCUGGCGUAAAUUACAUUUCUGUUGUCAAAACGGGCCGCAUGGACUUGUGUUGUCUUGAAAGUGAUGUAUUUGUUUGUAUCAAACACAUUUCCUUGGUAUAAAAAAAGGUAUUUCAAACAGGGUGGUAGUACGUGAACAUGCAGUUAAUCUACCAUCCCACUGAAUGAGAUGAGAAUUCAAAGCUGUUUCAAUUUAUGUUUUAAAUUCACCCUUAUCACACAUCAUUAGGGUGAUUUAUACAUUUAUUUUGGUAGUGGUUUUGCCGUUUAUGUAUGCACACCAGAUAUAUAUGUAAAAGCUAGUUAUAAUUGCUCGUGAUUGGUUAAGAUGACAACGACCUACCUCUCACUGCUUAUCUGUCUGAUACAUCCCAAGGGGGUUGUACACUAAAGUGGAAGAAAGGCCUGGAUUAUUUUAGUUUUAAAGAAGAAAUAAUUGUCACCUCAUAAAACCUGUAAUAUUAUUAAUUGAGCAACUAAAACCUGUUUCAGCUGCUUUGUUAUGUGUAAAAUUUGACUACACAACCCCAGCGUUUGAGGACUAAGAUGGACGUCAGCAACAUGUCUGCUGUCUUUUAUUUAAUGGAGGCGUCUAAAUGUUUGAUCUGCAUUGUAACCUUAAUAGAUCCCGAGUGAGCAGUAGUGAUGUGUGCAGACUGUCUGAGUUGUAAUCUGUUGCUUUUCAACCUGCCUGUAAAAGAGAUCGCUUGCAUUGCAUCAUAACUUUUGUUUAAUAAACAGUUCUGAGGCGA